AUGAACUCCGACUGGCAGAAGCUUGCGGACCUUUGGUAUCGCAAGCGCGAGGUGUAUCCUGCACAAUGGGCCGAUGACCCUGAUCGGCUUCACUUGUGCGUGGUGGCUGGUGCGCCGUAUGGAGGGCCAGUGGCAACAGUGCGGGAUGAGCAUGUCUUCCAACCCGUGAAGGGUAGUCUUCGAACGGAGCUACAAAUCUGGACAUCUGCCGGCCGGCUCAUUCAGUCAGCACCAUGGGCACACACCGGUCUGCUUGCCAUGGGCUGGAGUGCACAAGAAACCUUGGUGUGCGUCUUCGAGUCUGGGUUGGUUCGAACGUUCACAGUGAUGUGCGAACCUUUGCACGUCUUCACCGUGGACGAGCGGAUCAUGUCAGAGGGCGGUGCGGUUGCGGCAGCACUGUGGCCCAACGGAAUUGCAUUGCUGACGCGGAAGUUCAACAUAUUUGUGAACACUUCUCUAACUCGAUCAGAGGAUGCUUGCCAGCGCUUCGCCGAUUUCAAGGUUCCCAGCGCACCUCUGAGUCUCUGCGUGCUCCCACCGCCUUCGGAAGAGUCAGCGGACGUGCAAGUCAUUGUGGGUACUUCUGAGGGGCCCGUCUUGAUGGUCGACAGGCACAGCUGCAGAGACAUCGGCCUCACGGAUGGUCCCUUCAUGGCUUUCGCAUUAUCCAGCAGCGGCCGACUCCUUGCCUGUCUCAGCACCAAGGGCGUCUUCAAGGUCCUCGCUGUCAGCGACAACUUGCAAGUCCUGGACGUGGCGAACAUCGUCGACACGAUCAAGAAGCCCAAACAGAUGGUCUGGUGUGGGGACGACUGUAUCGCUCUGUAUUUGAUUGCGCAGACUCCAUCGAACAGCCUGCAGCACAUCCUCUUCGUUGGAGGGCCUCAGAACGACUGGAUUCCUUACCAGUACGAUGCACCCUUGCAUUUGGUGUCAGAGUGCGACGGCUGUCGAGUACUUGGUACAAACAAGAUCGAGUUCGUGCAACGAGUGCCACCUAGUGUGGAGCAGGUCUUCGGCAUCGGCAGCGUUGAUCCACCGGCGAUGCUGUGCUACGCACUGGAGCGCUACGAGAGUGGAGAUGUUUGCGCACAGGAGUCUUUAAGACCCAUCAAGGCUGAGCUGCCCGAUGCCGUGUCAACAUGCAUUGAUGCGGCGCUCUGUGAACAGCCGCCACACUCUAGCAAUUUGCUCAGAGCCGCAAGCUUCGGUCGUCAUUUCCUAUCUGAUACCCUGGAGCCGGACCGUCACAGGGAAGCUUGCAAGAACUUGCGGAUCUGCGUGGAGCUGCGAAAGGCGCCAGUUGAUAUUCCCAUUACGGCUGCCCAACUUGAGAAGCUCGGCAUCGCAGGCUUGAGUCUGAGAUUAGCCCAGCGCCACUUCCACCUCCUUGCGACUCGGAUUUGCGAAUGGACGGGACAUUCGGAGGAGAAGGUCCUGUACCAUUGGGCAUGUGAGAAGAUUCGGCAUUCGACUGCUUACACGGACGAGCAACUGUGCCAGAUCAUCCUGAGCAAGUUUCAACACUGUCCGGGUAUUGGAUACGCAGAGGUGGCGCGGGUCGCAGCCGAAAUGGUCAGAACCGUUCUUGCCACUUCCCUAUUGAACCACGAGCCAAGAAGCCAUGCACAGGUGCAGGUCUUGGUUCAGCUAAGUCAGGAAGGAGAUGAGAAGAACCGAGAGAUUAUGCUUCGCAUCGCCUUAGACAAAGCUGCACGGAGCUGGGAUCCCGACCUGAUCCACCUUGCGCUUUCGGCUGCCAGCGGAGGUGGCAUCUGCAAGCGCGGUGCAGACAUCCAAACUGUGGCUCGCCUGGUCAAGGAGCGGUCGUUUGAGCUGCAGGUCAUCAGCGACAUGGUCACCAGCAUUCUCUCGAAGGCUGAGCAGUUCGACCGGGCUCGAAUGCUUUGUGACCAGCUCGACCGUAAGCGUCCAGCAGCCUACUGCGCACUGCAACGGAUCUACCGGCAAGCCAACUACGAAGAGCGGAUGAAACUCCUUCGCUUCUCAAAGGAUCUCUUUGCCAUUAGCGAUCCGACAGCAACAGAUGCAGAAAAGACCUCCAUGCAAUUUGCAUCUCAAGCAUGCGCUGAGGAAAUCGACCUUCUUCGGGCCCAGGUGUCGCUAGAGGAUCAAGCGGCUGCAAAGCAUUGGAAAGGCAACACUCGCUUCGCGGGAUUGUCAUUGACAUCAACCUUGAUCAGGCUCAUAGAGAUUGGAGAGGUGUUGGAGGCUGACAACCUGCGGACCCAAAUGAAAGUACCGGACAAGAGAUACUGGAGAAUCAAAAUUCGUGGCCUGAGCAAUGCCUCCAACUUCGAGGAGCUUAACGUGUUUGCCACCCAUCGGACCUCCCCCAUCGGCUACGAGCUCUUCAUCGAUACAUUCUUGAAGCAUGGGCGAAAUGACUUCGCCUUGACAUUGGUGCCACAGAUCAAGGGUGCAGAGCAGCAAGCCCAGUAUUACCUUCGGAUGGGAAUGGCGGAGGAGGCACAGCGAGCGCGAAGCCAGGGACAGGAGCGCUCAGGUGCAGGACGAUUGCUGAACAUGCUGGGUGUAGGCCGGUGA